UAUCUGCAUCUUCGAUAAGGAAUGUGCAUGGCGGAGCUAAGAUUCAGUGGAGGCUUCCUCCCUGAAGACGCAGUGUGUACUCAUCAGCAACCAGGCUGCCCUCAGUUUAGGGGAAUAAUUAACUUCCUGGAGUUGGGGAAACUUGAAAGGAAUGCAGGAGGAAGUAUCUGCAAGAGAAAGAACUUCGGCGUGAAGCACAGACCCCCAGGGCACUCGGGCUGGUUUGUGGCUGCGGUUAUGGACGUGUGUCUGAGCUCCGAGCUGCGGGAAGUACCGUGCACCCCAGAUGGCUGCUUAGAGCCGGCGGCGGCGGCGGGAUCUCUCCAGGAGGAUGGCACCGGCGGACCCCCAGGAGAUUCUAACAAGAUAGAACCAUCUCUGCAUAGCCUCCAGAGAUUUGUCCCUACAGAUUACGCCAGCUACACGCAGGAGCAUUACCUGUUUGCCGGCACAAAGAUCGUCAUCCAAGAAUCCAUAGAGAGCUAUGGAGCGGUGGUGUGGCCCGGGGCUACGGCUUUGUGUCAGUAUUUGGAGGAACAUACAGAGGAACUGAAUCUCCAAGAUGCCAAGAUACUUGAGAUUGGUGCUGGACCAGGCCUUGUCUCCAUUGUGGCCAGUAUUUUAGGAGCUCAAGUCACAGCAACGGAUUUGCCUGAUGUCCUAGGAAACCUUCAAUACAAUCUUUUGAAGAACACAUUAAAACACGCAGCACAUUUGCCGGAAGUGAGAGAGCUGGUUUGGGGAGAGAGCCUGGAGCAACACUUCCCCAAGCCAACGUUUUAUUACGACUACGUUCUGGCCUCGGACGUGGUCUACCACCACUACUUCCUGGACAAGCUGCUCACCACCAUGGCGUACCUUUGUCAGCCAGGGACGGUGUUGCUUUGGGCAAACAAAUUCAGGUUCAGCACCGAUUACGAAUUCUUAGAUAAAUUCAAGCAAGUUUUUGACACAACACUCUUGGCUGAAUUUCCAGAGUCAUCAGUCAAAAUUUUCAAAGGAAUACUAAAAUGGGAUUAAAUUAAACAGAAUGCCUUUCGAAACAUUAGUGUCUUUUGAGCAGUGUUGGAAACUGUAUUGUCAAUAAAAGACUUGUGAGAUCGAGAAGGUAGUGCAUAAAAACGACUUGUAUGCCUAGAUAAACAUAAUUUAAUAUUACAGCAGCUUUCUAAAAUAACCUAUUUAAGAUUAUCUGGUUAAUCUAAAUAUCUACAAAGAGUAAUAUGAAAACUUAAAAGUAGCUGUGUUGGCUUCCAAAAAGUCUCAAUUGUUUAACAAACUUUACGUGAAUAAAUUUGUAAACAAAUGGA